AUGGUCGGCUUCUUCUGGUCGCCCCAGUUUGUCGAGUCCGGGGCCGCCAAUAGCCGACCAUCGGGGCAAUUCCCGAACCCCGCGUUUUCUCCCUUCCGCAUAGUCGAGCAGAAACACCGCGAUACCCUUUCGACGCGUGCUGCAAGGGCUUAUCAUUCCAUAUUCGGCAAUCAGAUGCAGAGCGAAGAUUUAGUGCAUGUGCUUCCUGCACCAAUUGGGAAGAAACGAAUCCCUAAGGCAUGUAGUGCGUGCCGACAAUCUAAAGUUAGAUGCGACGGCGAUAGACCUUGUGGCAGGUGCCAAAAAUUCGACAAGCAAUGUAUUAUCUUCGAAACUCCCAAAGACCCGGUCUCGGAGAGGCUUGAAGGGGUCGAGUGCGAGGUCCAGUAUCUCAGACAACAACUAGACGACAUGCGGGACCUUCUGCAGAAGCAUCAUGCCUCACCGUCUGUGAGCUCUCAUAAUAUCUCCCCAAGGCAAAUACGAGACCAUCCGCGCCGGACAAGUGCUUGUAGCUCGUUAUGCUCCCAGUUCAGCCGCCCGCCCAACCAUGUCAGCGCCGUGGCUAUUUCAGAUCCGGCUAGAUAUUUAAAUGGAGAUAAUCCCACUUACCAGCAGUCUGUGCCGGGUGUCUCGCCAAAUCAGAUAUCUGUCAGCUCCAUUUAUGAGCCUUCGAACGGGAAUAUUCUUCGGCCUUCGAAACGGAAACGUUCUUGUUUCGAGAUACGUGACGAAUCAAUUGCAGAUUUUAUUGAAAAGGGCCUCAUCACACUCGAUUGUGCUGUCUCUUUCUUUAACACUUUCUUCCAGGGAUGUGAUAGAUACAUUCCGAUCUUCGACCCAGACCAUGAUACGUUUGAAUCAGUGAGAGCCCGGAGUAGCAUUCUACUUAAUGCCAUUUGCACGAUAGGUUGCAUGGUCGAGACAAGAUCCGGUGGCCCGACGUCUGAUAUGCUCCAUGCUGAGUUGAAAAAAUGGAUCAAUGUCAUAAUCCAGAACAAACGACUGAAUUGCCUGGAGUCUGUGCAGGCAAUGCUGGUAGUUGCCUGUUAUUCUUCUGAGCGUCUGUUGAUCUUGUCAUUUGCUACCCGGAUGGCUCUUGAUCUGGGGCUGCAUGAAGCUUUCGAGGAACUCACAGAAAGGCUAGCAACGAAUAACGAUGAGGACUCAUAUGGUGUCCCAGACCAUGACCUUGAGAAGGAGCGAAUCUUAAUGAGGAAGUCAAGAACGUGGUUUGGGCUUCUGGUUCUCGAGCAUAUAUUCCGCGUCGAUGGAGGAAAGCCACCUGGGAUUCGGCUGAUAGGUAAUUCUCGACGCUGUCGGAUCUUGCUAAGCAAUCCGUCUUCGACUAUCUUGGAUCUUCGGCUGUUCUCUCAGGUUGAGUUGAAUAUUUUAAGGGCCACCAUCAACGAUACUUUGGGGGGCGGAACAAAUCCAGAUCGAGGCGCAAUUUCUGAUUUUGUCCAUGAGAUGAAGAUUGAUAUAGAUUUGUGGUUUGACGAUUGGCUGCGAAUUAUUGAGGGUUGUAUUGCUGCACAACAAGAAAAGCCAUUCUUAUUAGUCGCGUUACGAGUCCAGAAAUGUUGGGCCGAGAUGAUGCUGAAUUGCAAGGCCCUUCGGGCCAUGGGUGUUGAGAACGUCGCUACAAUGUCUAAUACAGAAAGGGAAAUCCUCCUCACUGCCAAAGCCAGCGCCCGUCGACAUCUACGACUGAUCAUCGUCGAACCUGAUCUGUAUCUGGCCAAGCUUAAAUAUGCAAUGGAUUUUGUCUGGGCGAAAUGCGCGUUCUCAUACUUGCUUCUCCUCAAGUUCUCGCGACUUCUUCCCGAACGGGACGAAGAGCAUCAGGAGCUCCUGGAGCAUGGAAACCGCCUAGUUCAUGAACUGAACAAAGCCGGAUCCAAUAUUAAUCAAUCUGGAGCAGGGAACAUCUACCUCCAGAUUUUGAAUGUAAGCAUCGAAAAAUACGGUCGAGCCUUGCGAGAAUCUCAGCAACCAAACACCGGUGGGUCUAGCGGUACAUCGCCGUUCUGGGAGCUGUUCGAUGCACAGGCAGAUUUACAAUGGUUUGUGCCAGAGCAGUUUGUGUCGGAAUGGGAUUUCCCAGGGUUGAACUUGUUCUAUUUUCCUACUGCUUGGCAGGAUUUCUUUGGCGAUUUUUCGCUGGCUAUGUAA